GUUGUAUUGAACGCUUGUGGCUACUUUCGGUUUCCGUUAACUGCUGCUGUUCAAGGUUACACGUCGCGUUCUGCAAAAGUACGCACGCCGACUCGCUGGCAGCCAUUGUUUAACAUCUUCCAUCUUGCAGAGGCGAACGCAUACGCAACGAUACACGAAAGAAAGAAGACGACGACGAAAACGGACGAACGCGCCUCGAAGGGUUUCGGGCGUCUCAAAACUAUGCGCGUUGUAAGCCUACAGCGGCUACGCUAACCUAGCGGUGCAGCAUGUUCCAGCAGCUUUUUUAUUUGUACGCAAUGCGGGAUUAAGACAUAUCGGGCGCAAUGGAGUUUCAGAAGAAACAAGAAGUCGAAACGUUUCUCCACUCUGUCCUGAGUUGCGAGAAGGGCGGAAUUCCGCUCUCUAAACUGCAAGAAGAAUACACAGUGCUGAUUGGCAGCCCUAUACCCUUCCAAACGUUUGGCUUUGACACGCUGAUUGACUACAUAAAGAGCAUUCCUAACACAGCUGCUAUUCGAAAGUCACCUGACAAUGGGACAAUCCUUGUGCAAGCGGUGUACAAACCCGUCACUGCUCAUGUAUCCCAGCUUGUUGCCGGUCAAAAGAUAGCAGCUAAAACAAAGCCAGCCAGGCGCCCAAGCAAGCACCCCGCACCCAGAACUGGGCCCAGUGUGAGGUUCGCCAGCUAUCAGAGCAGACUGGACAGCCAGAAGCCAUCCACCAUAGCAGCAACUCUGAGCCCCAUGCCGGUGCCUCCUAGGAGGACUCAUCGUGGCACAGGCAGAGGGCUGCCACAGCUGAGACAGCCGUCUACGAAACCUGGCUUCAGGUACGAGGUCCCUCCCAGGUGGCAGCGGCCAAGCAAUGGGUUGUCUUCUGUCAUGGCGUCCAACAGCCCACCAGGCAAUGCUAUCGGGGAGCCUGUGUCAAGGGCGCCCCUGCGCAUGCCUCGGACAGCCUCUGAUGGUUCGACACUGCAGCCUGCAGCCAUGCCCGUGCCUGCACCACCUCCCAAGUUGCCCACACCUCCGGCCACGCCACCUGCCCCCAAGACUUGCCGUGAGCUGGUGGAGGAGUACGGUCGGAGCCGGGGCCUCACAGUGUCGUUUAGUGCAAUCACCACCCUCAGCUCAAAGAAGGGCCCCCUGGUGUGGCUGGCAACACUGAAAGUGGAUGUACAGUCCUUCUACUCCUACCCGGACGAGAAAGAGUCACGGGAAGAGGCCGAGGAGGAGGCUGCACGCAAGGCCCUCUACUACCUUGGCCUGAAUGACAGGUCCCGUGCACUGGAAGGAUCGGAAGGACGUCCUGCAUCUUCGACAGAGUCUCGCUGCUUACAACAACGUUGCAGCUGGGAUGUAAUGCCUCUACCAGCUUGCGUACAGAUUCCCAGUGCUGGUCAGGUGCAAGAGACCAGCCAGCUGCGAGAGACCAGUGUAUCGACGCCUAAACAAAUCGAAGACUUUGUCGGUCGAAUUAAAGAGUUACUGUUGCAGAAGACCAACGGCGUUUUUAGCAGGAUCGUGCCGCAGAUGUACCAGGAGCAGUACCAGGAGUCUGUACCAAAGAACUGGCUAGAGCUUGUCAAGGAUUCGGGAGUUGUGGGCACUGCUGAUUCCAAGAACGACUUGAUUCUUUUUCCUCGGACAAGCUCACGGACAACUUCCCAGACUGGGCACCGGCAAUCCGUGACUGACACAGGCCCAAUGCACGGCCCUGUUCCUGACAAGCUGCCCCUUCCCGAGGGCAACCACUGGGAUGUAUUUGUCACGUAUGCUGCUAGCACGGCGGAUGUAUUCUUCCGCUUACUGGACUUUACUGAUCAGUAUGAGCAACUCGCCGAAGAGAUGGACAAGUUUUAUGCUGAACACUCGCUGCCUGUCUCGGAAGCUAAAGAAAAGUGGCUGUACGCCACAAAUGUAGAAGACAACUGGAUGCGAGUGCAAGUGCUUGAAGUACAAAACGGAAAGGCGGAAUGCUUUUUUCUAGACCACGGUGAUGUUGACUCUGUGCCGGUUCACAAGCUUCAGGAGCUGGAUCCAAAGUUUUUAAAUCUGCCGUUCCAGAUAGUUCACUGCCAGCUGGAUGAUUUGGGUGAUUUCGCUGAUGACGAGCAGGCGAACAAACUGUUGAAUGAACUUUUUGUCGGCAAAUGCCUCAUUGCUGAAGUUGCUGCCAGGGAACCUGUAGUGACUGCAACCUUCUAUGACACGACGACUGACGAGGAUGUGAAUCUCAAUGCCCUGUUGCUGAAGCGUCUUGAAACCCCAACGCUACCAGGGCCUGAACAAAUCACGCGAGUGCGACUCAGUCACAUAGACUCGGAGGGGAAUCUCUAUGUGCAGCUGCAGGAGUCUGGACUGAGUCAUGUGACUCGUUUCAUGGGAGUCGUUGGCAGCCACAUUACGCAAAAUAACCACCAGCCUGCAUCGUCGCUUUGCGAGUCAAAGCUGUACGCCUGCAGGCUGAAAGACUCGGUCACUUUCUUUCGAGCCCUUCUCCUCUCUGCCGUACGCACAAAGGAUGACAAGGUGCUUGUGAGGCUUGUGGACAUUGGUCAGGAGACUCUGGUGUACGCAUCAAACCUUUAUGAGCUUGAAGCCUUUGGGGAGAGCUUUGUGAGCUUCCCACACCAGGCCAUCAUCUGUCGUCUAGCAGAUAUUCCACCCGGUCUUUGGACGUCGAAGGCAACAUCUCUUCUGAGGGAGAUGGUUCCUUCAGACAUUGAUCUGCUGCUCAAGGUUGUUAGGCCAGCAAAGGAUGGCUCUGAACCUCUGGUGGCCAUGUUCAAACGCAUUGAGCCAAACAACGAACUCGUGUCUGUCAACACAUCGCUGGCGGUGGCUUUGGAGUCUUCAAAACAAGAAGAAAGAAAAGCCAAGCGAGUACCUGCCUUGACUCGCGUCUCCUCACAAACCUUUUCCGAAAAAAAGGUAGAAGAGAAAAAGUUUGAUGAGAAGAAAGCUGAAAGCAAGAAAGCUGAACAGAAAAAGGCUGAGGCUGCCACUAAUGGAGGUUCUGGUGACUUUUCACCAACAUCAAAAGUCAGUGCGUCGACGUUGACAAUUGGGCCUACAGGGGAUGGCCCAAGCCUCUCCGGCAUGACCUCGCCAUUGUCUGAGCUCACGGCACUUAGCCUGAUAUCGUCGCCCGAGCUGGACGAGGAAGGCUUGCAAGGCAAGCCCCUUGCAGCACCCGAGCUCCCUGAGGUUGGGGAAUACCUGGACGUCAAUGUGACGGAGGCUGCCAACCCGCUGAACUUCACGUGUCAGUCGUGGGCCCACGGGGCACAGCUGGAUGCCCUGAUGUCCGAGAUGCAGAGUUUCUAUGCUGCUGAGGGCUCCAGUGCCUUCCCUGAGGGCCUGCCUGAGGCACUGCUGCGCAAGGGUCGCUACUAUGCAGGCCGCCACAUGGACAAAAGCUGGUAUCGUGUGCUGGUGCAACAGGUGCAGGGGCCACUGAUGGCAAGUGUGUACUUCGUGGACUACGGGGACUACGGCAUGAUGCAACCGUCAGAGCUGCAGCCCCUGUGGCAACGUUUCAGGCACCUGCCAGUGCAGGCCAUCCAGGCAUCCCUUGCUGGUACGUUGGGAUGACAGGUUCUUUUUCUUU